UGUCCAACUUCUCCUUCACCAUAUCACAUAUCCCUUAUUACAUAAGAGAAAACCAAAACUUGAAAGAGAGCAAGAUCAAAAGCAAAAAGACAUGAAGAUCACCAAAAAUAAACAGUACUCAUUCUCCCUUUGUUUCUCUCUUGUAAUAUUAUCAUUAGCAGCAGCAACAGCAGCAGUUGUAAGUUCUCAUGCAUACAACACAGCAGAUACAAAGUUCAUAAGAAGAACAUGUAAUGGUACCAUAGCAGAGUGUGAAGCAGAGAACAGUGAGUUUGAAAUGGACUCAGAGAUUCACCAUCGCCUUCUUCAACAAAGUGGUACGAAAAUUGAUUAUGGUGCUCUGGUACCUGACCGUCCUGCUUGUGAUUCAGGUAAUGGUAAGUCUUACUCGGACUGCACCCCUCGUCGGAAUGGCAAUCCACCCAGCCGUGGUUGUAGGCCUUACGAGCAAUGCCGCACCAAUUGAAUAUUAAUUAUUUUCUCAUUGUAAUCUUUCUUCUUCUUCUUCUUCUUCUUCUUCUUCUUGUUUGAUCUUCUUUUACUCAUCGUUUUAAUUACUACUACAUAUGUUUAUGUUCAAAUCAUUUUCUUUCAUGUCAAUCAGUUGUUCUAGUUGUGUUGUUUAUUGGAAUCGGUGAAGUAUUAAUUUGUGUUUUUUAUUGGAGAGACAGAUUUGGAGUUCAGUUCAUGCAUAUGUUUAUGCAUGUUCUUGGCUUCUUGCCA